AAUGAUUGAUAUAAUUGCAUUCAUCAUUAAUUAUAAUCCUAACACUCUAAAUAAACCUUUAAUUCAAAAGUUAGUUGAAAUUGAAAAAGAAAAAUUAGAGGAAUCUAAGAUGGCAAUAAAAAUGAGCAUCCCAUUAAUUCAUCACAUUUUAUUUCCUUUAUUAAUUGCCAUUAAUAAAUCCUCCAAAUAUGUAUCUAUUUUUUCAAGUAAUGCUUUGUUACCACAACAAUCAAAUGGAUUAUCAAAUAUAGAAAUAAAGUGUAUUGAUUUACUUACCGCCAUAUCCUAUUACCCUAAUUGGGAAUCGUAUCCUAUAAUCUUCACUUUGUGGAAAGAGAUAACAUGUAAAUUAUCUAUUUGUGAAGGCAAAUUAGACAAGCUAACCCUUCCAAAAAUUACCUUAUUAAAUAGUAAUAUUGAAAACAGUGAUGCCAUAAAUUAUAUUCAAAAAGUGAUGCUAAAUUUUGUUGAAUUUAUUUUAAUUCCCUUACACAUUGAGAAACCAGCCUAUACAUUUUCCAUACUCGCAAAAUAUCAGGAUUCUAUCACUCAAAAUAUCAACAAUAUGAUCAAUGACACAACUGAUAUCACAAAAUUGCAGCAAUUUAGGUUACUUUUAUGGUGUUACUUUAUUCAGCAAGAUUUUCAUAUAGAUUUAUCAGAAAAGCACUUGAAUCUUAAUAUUAAGGAUUAUGAAAAUGAAGAUGAUUCCAUAGAUACCAAUGAUGAUAAUACCCUUAAAGAAGAUGUUAAAAAUGAUGGCAACAAGAUUUUUCAGAAAGCCAAGUUAUUCCCCAAAAUUACUUCAAAGACAAAUGUAGAAGAAUUUUGUCAAUUCACUAAUCAAGCUCGUCAAGAGGCUCGCUUUUUAUUGAUUGAUAUCAGUCGGCUUUGGCCCAAUGAAAUAUUAUCUAUCAUUAUAUCUUUCUGCAAUACUAAAAUGGAAGGAAUCUAUAAAAUGACUAGUUCAAAUCUAAACGACUACAAUCUAAAUGCCAUAUGUAUAAGUUGGGAAUGUUUAUUUUUUGUAACAGCUAUAUACAAGAAAUUGUCAGAGGCACAAUUUCUUACACUUUCAAAUGAAGUGAAAGAUAAUUUUUUGAUCAUGUAUCAAAAGUUAUUAAGUAUAGACAAUGUUAUCAAUAAAUUCAGUAAUGAUCAAGCUCUAGCUUGUUUUCCUAUAUAUAAAAUUGAGGAAUAUAAUGAUCUUUCCCAAACGUUUUCAUAUAUAUUGAGUUGCCUAUCCAAUUUUAAAUCAAUUUUAUCAUUUUUUCCACCCUCUAAAACACAACACUAUUUUCGACUCCUUCUGGAAAAGAUUUUUAAAUAUCUUGAAAAUGGAGAUGACAUUAAAGAUGACUUAUGCAAACCAUAUUCAUAUAAAAUUUCUCGCAAGGAGCUGAUUCGCCAUUCAUGUGCAUUACUCAUAGUUUUAUCUCAAAAUAAUACAAUAAAUUUAAAACCACAUUUUGAUUACAUCAAAUCUUGUAUCAUAUCCAUUUUCCUAAAUGACGAAACAAAUUUGACAUACACUCAUAAAUUCGCAUUAUUGGAAUCUUUAAUUCUUCUUUGGAACGAAAAUCAAGAAUUCUCUGAAGAAAAAUUAAAAUUUUAUCAAAAUUUAUUGCACAUGCCUAUACAAUUCUGGACUUCCGCAGAAUUCAGAAGUGGUGCUCUAUCUUCUGUUAAAAAUUUUAUAAAUUUUUUUGGCCUAAACAAAGAUCCAUUGACAUUAGAUAUAGGUGGUGGACUUAAAUCAGAUUAUCCUUACAAUAAGACCGGUUACUCGCUAUUAGCCUUUGCUACAGUCGUCAAUAGGUACGAGUUCGCGGAAUGCUUUGCCGAUCCUGAUGGUAAACAUACAAAAACCCACAAAUAUAUCUUUGAUGCAUUUAAACAUUUAUUGAGUCCAUUUAUGCAAUUCGCUCAAAACACACUCUCAUUGUUUGAUUCUUCAUUCAAAAUAACUGGGAAAAAUAACGAUUAUUCCUUGCACCAGCAUUACUAUGAUAUGUAUCUUUUAAAAAAUAAUAGUUCAGACAAUGUUUUAAGCAUUUUUUCUGUACUAGAUGUUCCUGAAGCAGAAAAACGUAAUAUACUAAACAACUUUUCAUCCAACUUAAGUUCUAAUGGCCCAUCUUACUUAGAUAAAAGUUUCAAUACCGGUCAUGGCGAUAUUAUGUAUAAGAGAUUGCUCGAGGUUAAUAAAUUCUUCAAUUGCAAUCUCGAUCGAAUAUAUCGCAUUCUAGGCGGGCUUUUUCAAAAGAUUUUACAUUUUCCAUCAGGCUUAAGUAAAUCGUUUUCAUCCGAUUUUUAUUCUGGCCAACUCUGGUUUAGCAACACCGAACAAAAUACCAUAUAUUUUUUUUCCGGAUCAUUUUUCGAUACGCCACCUGACUUUUAUCCUACAAUAAAGAGUGAACUCGUAAAUCGACAUAUAGACGACCCUAUCCCAACGUUGUUCCAAGCUAAAUGCUGUCUAAUCAAUUUUGCUAAGCCCUUAUUUACCAACUGUUCUCUCAGUAACGAAACACGAAAUUUUAAUUUGCUAAAUUUUAUCUCAACUCAGACCGGAUUUAUUAAACGUUUAUCCCAGAUUUAUGCGUUAAAUUGGACUAGGAGAUGCCUAGUUGAUAAAGAGCUCGAUUAUUGUUCAAUCAUUCCUGGUGAUCAAUAUUUUCCAACUCUGGUGUUAAAUACAAUCGAUAUUAUUGGUUAUAAUAGCAUUGUUGAAGUGAAAAAUGAAUUGGAUUACAAAAGUUUAAAACUCAUUGACAAUGAAUCCAGAGGUAUCGUUGAUGAUUAUUUAUUAAGAACCUAUUCUAAAGAAUAUUUCGAAUUUCUCCUACUAAUACUUAUCAAAAAAAGAAAAAACGUAAUUUCGGAAGUCAAAGAAAUAUAUAAAAAUGAAAGUAAUGAAGAAGCCACAAUUCAAGAUCUAAAGAACGAUAAAAAUAAAUAUAUUCCUGAUAACUGGUCGGCUGACGUUAUGGGUGAUUUAGGAAAAAUUAUUAUGAAAAACCAGACGUUAAUCAACGUUUUGAUACCAGUUAUAUUUCGUACAUUAUCAGCUAAAGAUAAGAGUUUGUCUGGGAAAGCUAUGUUAUUAUCCAAGGCGAUUCUAAGAGAGCUGAUAAGUCAAAAAUUUGAAGAUGGUCAUGGAUUCGAUGCCAAUCAAGCCAGUUAUUAUAUCGAUUCUGAUCGAAUCAAAUCUUUUAUAAUGAAUAAUAUAUUAAAGGCUUUGUUUAAAAUUAAUAAUUUUCCUCCCUAUACUUUACCAAUUACAAUUAUGAAUCAGCAUACUGAUUUCAAUACAAAUGACGCUGAUGGUAACUUAGAUAUAGAUCCUAAUUUUUUAAAUUUAGCUUUAUGGGCAUAUCAAAUUCUUCGACCCUUAAAUUCUGAACUACUUGACUCCAGUCUUAUAAGCUUUAUAUACGCAAGACAAAAAUGGCAAGAUACAUCAGUUAAUAUGAUAAUUAACUAUGAAAAUGAUGAAUAUAAAACCGUUUAUAAUUCUUACAAUGAGCGCAUUAAAGUUUUAGCAGACAAGAUAUUGGUCGAUUUUGACAUAGCCUUAUACCCUUCAUACAUGGAAUACUUGAAUACUCUCUGCUCCUCUUACACUUCUACCAAAAAUUUUAAAUACAAACGAGACAUCUUUAAAUUUUUUUUAUUCAAUGACAAUAAAAAUGAUUGUGAAAUCGAUGAUAAUUUGAUUGAGGAUAUAGAUAGUGACGUUUCCAGGAAAAAAUUGUUAGACAAAAUGCCGCAAAAAAAACACAAAGCAGCUGACUCAAAUCGACAAACCAAAUUUUUUUCAAAGAAUGCGAAAUCAACAUCUUCGAUUGAGCGAAAUAAGUCAAAAAGCAUUUAUAAAGUAGAUAAUAGAAAUAAAAUUAUUAAGAAAGUAGAGACAACACUUUCAUUAAAUAUUGCAGCUCGUCUAACUGAUAGCAAUAGUCAAUCUUUAAAUUACAUAAAUGCCAAUGCAACUAUAGUUAACCCAUUGCGGAGUAAUUUUGAUAAUUCUCUUUCUAUCCAGCCCGACAAGAAUCGAAACAUGGAAGAAAAUAAUGAAAUUGGUUUAACAAAUUUAUUCGAUCCAUCUUCCUCUAGUUAAUUAAAUAACUUGCAUUUUUUAAAAUGAAUAUUAUGUAUUGUGAAUGUUAAAUUCAAUGAA